AUGUCAGCUAUCGCAACUAAAAUCGUAGAAAACUACAAUCUCAGCCCCAAGAUGAGUGUGACCGAUCUCAGUCGAUACACCUCAGAGUUUCUCGAGAAUCUUACAGAUGAUAGAAAAAGUAAUCAGGCACGAAGGCGUCUUCGGGAAGGAUUCAAAUUUAGCAAUGAGCAGGUAGGUGUAUUGAUACCUAAUCAGAGAGGUGGGAAAAGUAAAGCUAUAAAUAUUAUCGAGGGUAGUUGCAAAAUAGCUAUAGUUUCACCUCCCAAAGAUUUAGAAGAAGAAAUUAUCAGAGAGAUAACAAAACGAAUCUUGCAAAAUAGAUAUGGGUUUAGCAAGGAUCAAGUGGAUGCCUUAUUCACAAUCCAGACAAAUGGACAAUGUGGUAGUAUUUCCGGGGAGACAAUUGGAGAGAUGGCGCAUCGGCUUUUAUGGGAUAAGCUUAGUAUUCGGGAUAUAAGAGCUGAAGCUCAUGCCUUAGCCCUAUCAGCAAAAAAUGCCAAUGCUGGUUCAUCACGUCUUUCCCGGCUUCGAAGAGAAUUAAAAAGCCUUGGUGCUUUACCCACGAUAGUCGAGGCCACGAAAUUUCCAGAUUUUACAACAAAAUCCAGAGGGGCAAUCAGAAAAAGGCUGAAGCUAAACGUAUCAAUUAUCCAGAUCAUUUUACUUUAG